ACCAGAACCCAACAGAACCACCACGGGACCAGAACAGAGGAACCAAGAUGGACUAUGAGCCGAAGAAAUCCAAGAAGGGUUUCGUCUCGCCCAUCAAGCGCCUGGUCUGGUCCAAAUCCAGCCGGCGGCCGGCGGAUCGAGGCAGCGUUUACCGCCGGCCGCUGCACACCGUGCCCCUGUACGCCCCCGACUACCUCAUCCACCCCGAGAGGCUCAUCUUCGACUACGUGGAGAAGGAGGUCAAGUUCCUCGGCCACCUGACCUGGGUGUCGGUUUCGCUGAACCCGUCCAGUCGAGACGAGCUGCUGCAGCUGCUGGACGCGGCCAGGCAGCUGAAGGUGCUGCCGCUGAAGACCAGCGUGGACCAGGACUGCAUCCUGAGUCUGUCGGCCCGCUGCCUGCUGCUCACCUGGAGGGACAACGAGAAGCUGCUGAUGAGGAUCCCGACGCACGAGAUCGCCGCCGCCUCCUACCUGAGGGACGACGCGCUGCACCUGCUGGUCCUCAAGACAGGUUUGAACGUGGACACGGUGGUUGCCGGGGACGACAGCCUGGACAGGAAGAAGCCGACGGGCGUCGACGGCCGGCGUCAAACCAUGAGCUGCAACGCCGACCCGCGACCAGCGGGGGGCACCAUGGAGCGGCGACACACCAUCUGCGGGGUCGACUGGAGGCCCUCGCUGUCCAGGAGCAGCCACGACAAGAACCAGAACGUGGAGCGAGGAGGAGGUGGUGGAGGAGGCGAGAGGGGAGGAGGAGGCAGCCUGGAGAGGAAGCGGGUCGGGGGCAGCUGGGAGAGGAGGCAGCAGACCCGCAAGACCGGCGGCAGCUGGGAGAACCGCCGGGCCCGACCCGUGAGCGGCAGCUGGGGGGUGGGAGGCGGAGGCAGCUGGGAGAGGAGGCACGGGGGAGGUGACAGCUGUCUGAGCGACAUGUCCUACAGCUACGACCCCGAGUUCAGCUGCUGCAGCUCCUACGACGGCUCCCAGGAGGCCUUCGAGCUCUACUACAGCGAGACGUACAGCGAGAGCUCGUCGCUGUCGCUGCAGGACUCUCGUCGCAGCUUGGCGUCGGUGAGCGACGGAGGCGACAGCAACCCGGCGCUGCUGCUGAUGCAGGAGUACAUGAUCACACUGCGUAACAAGCUGGGUCCGGCGGAGCUGCAGCACUUUGCGGUUCUGCUCAGAGAGUACCGGCUGGGAUCCAACAUCGACCACUUCUGCUCGGAGCUGCUGCAGCUGUACGGCGACGACCGCAAGUUCCUGCUGCUGGGAAUGCGUCCGUUCAUCCCGGACAAAGACGUCGGCGCCUUCGAGGGUUUCCUGGAGAGCAUCGGGAUCCGAGAAGGCGGGAUUCUGACCGACAGCUUCGGACGAAUCAAGCGCAGCAUGAGCAGCACGUCGGCCACGGCCAUGAGAGGCAGCUACGACGGCUGCUCUCAGGCUUCUGGGUCUCAGGAGUUCAACCGACGGAUCACCGACAUCACCCACGACAUCCAGGCGCUGGGCUUCCAGGACACCCACGGAGACAUCGAGGAGGAGGACUACUACCUCUGACGGGCUCAGAGCGCCGGCGUCCUGCCCGAGUGCCUCUGAGCAGCGCAGCGCCAACACUCAGCUCACGGUCUCGUCAUUAACACACAGAAACAACCCACACUGAAUCACAGGAAACUGCAGAAAGAUGAGCCGAGAACACGUCAGAUUUAAGUAGAAACCUGAGACCAGAGCUCGUUUUAGUCACAAACAGUAAAUCAGCAUCAAAUAUUACAGAUUUAACUUUGUCAGAAUGCUUCAAUGUGUUUAAAAAGUGCAAAAAAAUAAAGAAAAACAGAAGGAAUAUUAAA